UACAGCAUUGAUUUUGAUUCGGCAUCGCGGUCUGUAAUGUUUUGCUUGUGUUUUGUUUUUUGCGUGAAUGAAAGAAAAUAAAAUUGAGACUGUUUGUAAAGUAUGAAUUUAGACAUUUUUCGAAAAUAAAGGGAUUUCUCCGUGAAUAUAUCAAUUUCUUAAAAGAAUCUUGCUAGCUGAAGCUCCUUGUGAUUAAUAUUAUUGUUCCAGUAAUGUUUCAUAAAGGUGGAGAUGGGAAACCCAGAGGCUUUGGUUUUGGUGGAUUUUCAUUGGGAUCAAAGAAGCAGGACAGUUCUGGCCAUUCUCUUUCAGCUAUGCCUCCUCCAAAUAUGGUGAACAAGCAUGGGUACACUGGUCUACAGGCCAUUACACAAAAUGCAUUAGAUGCUACUUAUGGAAUUCCACGUAAACGGCCAAAGACAGAAGAAGAGUACUUUGAACAGGAAGAUGAGGAGGAGAGUGCAAGCAAUAGCAAUACCCUAGCUUAUAUUCCUGCACCAGGAUCCCCGAGUUGGGAUCUUGCCAACUCUGGAAAGAAGGACUCAGACAGCGAAGAAGAUCCGUUGGAUGCUUUUAUGGCCGGAUUAGAUGAUCAAGUUGAAAAAGAAAAACAACACUCUGAGAAAAUGCAGAAAAGGAAAGAUACCAAGGGUAUCCGUGAAGAUAUUGAGAAUGAAGAUGAUGAGGAAUCAUAUUAUCGUUAUAUGGAAGAAAAUCCAAAUGCUGGAUUGGAAAAAGAAGACAGUGAUGGAGAAAUUGAAUAUGAUGAGGAUGGAAAUCCCAUUGCACCUCCAAAAUCCAAAUAUAUUGAUCCUCUUCCUCCUAUCGACCACUCUGAAAUUGAAUAUGCAGACUUUGAAAAGAAUUUUUAUGAAGAGCAUGAAGACAUUGCUAAAUUGACUCCGUUUGAGGUAGAACAACUUAGGAACAAAUCAGGCAUUAAAGUAACUGGCCCAUCACCUCCUAAAAUGGUCACAAGUUUUGGACAUUUUGGGUUUGAUGAAAAAUUGCUUAAAGCUAUUAGGAAAUCAGAGUACAUUCAACCCACGCCAAUUCAAGCUCAGGGUAUUCCCGCUGCAUUGUCAGGCCGUGAUGUCAUAGGAAUAGCAAAAACUGGUUCUGGAAAAACUGCAGCUUACUUGUGGCCUCUGCUUGUUCACAUUAUGGACCAGAAAGAAUUAGAGCCUGAUGAUGGACCAAUAGGCUUAAUUUUGGCUCCAACUAGAGAAUUAUCACAACAGAUUUAUACAGAAGCCAAGCGUUUUGGAAAGGUGUAUGGUAUCGGUGUAGUCUGCUGCUUUGGAGGGGGCAGCAAGUGGGAGCAGACUAAAGCACUGCAGGAAGGAGCAGAGAUAGUUGUGGCAACACCUGGCCGAAUGAUUGAUCUCAUCAAAGCUAAGGCCACUAAUCUCAGAAGAGUCACUUUUCUUGUUUUAGAUGAAGCCGACAGAAUGUUUGACAUGGGUUUUGAACCUCAAGUUCGCUCAAUUUGUGAUCAUGUUCGCCCAGAUAGACAAACAUUGAUGUUCAGUGCUACUUUUAAACGAAAAAUUGAACGGCUUGCACGAGAUGUUUUAACAGAUCCAGUAAGGAUUGUCCAGGGAGAAUUAGGUGAAGCCAAUGAAGAUGUCACUCAGAUUGUUCUAGUCAUGCCUGCUGGACCAGCCAAGUGGGUCUGGCUCACUAGUAAAGUAGUUGAAUUGCUCUCAGCUGGAAGCAUUCUCAUUUUUGUAACUAAAAAAGCCAAUGCAGAAGAAUUAGCCAAUAACUUGAGAUUAAAAGAACAUGAAGUGGCUCUGCUGCAUGGUGACAUUGACCAAAAUGAGAGAAGUAAAGUCAUUCUAUCAUUUAAGAAAAAGGAAGUUCCCAUCCUAGUUGCAACUGAUGUGGCAGCUCGUGGCCUGGACAUUGCACAUGUAAAGACAGUCAUAAAUUAUGAUGUUGCACGGGACAUUGAUACCCAUACUCACCGCAUUGGACGGACAGGAAGGGCAGGAGAAAAAGGCAUUGCAUAUACCCUGGUGACAGACAAAGAUAAGGAGUUUGCAGGGCACCUGGUGAGGAACUUGGAAGGAGCCAACCAGGCAGUGCCUCAGGCACUCAUGGAUCUUGCCAUGCAGAGUUCAUGGUUCCGGAAAUCUCGUUUUAAGCAGAGCAAAGGCAAAAAACUGAACAGAUCUCAAGGUCUUGGUUUCAGGGAAAGACCUGGUUUAGGUGCAGAAGAAAUAUUAUCUAAUCCAAAGAAGGUUAUUCCAAGCUUCUCCAACUCCUCUCUCCCAAAAUUUAGUGGCCCACAGACAGAUAGGUUGUCAGCCAUGAAAUCUGCAUUUCAGUCCCAGUACAAAUCUCAGUUUACAGCAGCCACAGACACUGCAUGGAAGGCCCCUACAAAAGAUGAAGAAAAGGGUAGCCGUAAAGAAAGAAAGAGAAGCCGUUGGGAUACCAGCUAAUGUGGCUCUACUGCUGUUUUAACUGUAUCAUAAAGCAUUGUAAAUAUGAAUGAAACAUCAUAUUAAGUAAAUUUUCACUCUUUAAUGUGUUUGAAACAUUGUAGUUGACUGCUAAAAAAAUAAAUAUUAAACCUGUUUCUAA